CGUAAACUCAAAACGACAGUCUCUGUCGGGGCUGUUAUUGUUCGGUUUGAAGAGUUUGGGGGAGGUCGGUGCUUUGUUUUUAUUUUGGGGGGGGGGCUGUAAGCUACCACUAGCAGGCUAAUUCCACUCAAAAAAAAAACACCUGCAUGCCACCAUUUUAACAACACAGCAUCAUAUUUAUCCAGGUGGUGGUAAAGCUAACAAGUUAGUCCCCAAAGUAGCUGAUGGAUGCGCGGGUAUCGGAGUUGUUUUGCUCAGGAAAUGGACACGGUGCUGCGUCCAACGGCAAACCGGGCAAUGGCUAUUCGGUAGCCCCCAAAAAAGCUUGUGUGAAGAACAACAAGAAAUCCAAGGCUCGAUACUCUCGCAACUUCAAACCAAGCAAUAACACCCCGUAUCUACCUCCAGAGGCUGAAGAGGGAAAUAUAGAGUACAAGUUGAAGUUGGUGAACCCCACACAAUACCGCUUCGAGCACCUGGCAACACAAAUGAAAUGGCGACUGCAGGAGGGUCGAGGGGAGGCUGUUUAUCAAAUAGGUGUUGAGGAUAAUGGCAUGCUGGUGGGACUAUCAGAGGAAGACAUGAGGGCAUCACUAAAGACGCUUCAUAAGCUGGCAGAAAAAGUUGGCGCUGACAUCACCGUCCUCAGAGAGCGAGAGGUGGACUAUGAUUCUGAUGUGCCUCGUAAGAUUUCUGAGGUUCUCAUUCGCAAGGUGCCAGAUGACCAGCAGUUCUUGGACCUGCGAGUAGCUGUACUGGGUAACGUGGACUCUGGAAAGUCCACUCUGUUGGGUGUUUUGACACAGGGUGAGCUGGACAAUGGGCGGGGAAGAGCGAGGCUCAACCUCUUCAGACAUCUACAUGAGAUCCAGACUGGACGCACUUCAAGCAUCAGCUUUGAAAUCCUUGGCUUCAAUAGUAAAGGAGAGGUUGUGAAUUACAGCGAGUCUCGGACAGCAGAGGAGAUUUGUGAGUGUGCCUCUAAAAUGAUUACAUUCAUUGAUCUGGCGGGUCACCACAAGUACUUGAAGACCACCAUCUUCGGUCUCACCAGCUACUGUCCGGAUUUCGCUAUGCUGGUCGUCAGCGCAAAUACCGGCAUUGCUGGUACAACACGGGAGCAUCUCGGAAUUGCCAUGGCCCUGAAGGUGCCUAUCUUCAUCGUCAUCAGUAAGGUGGACCUUUGUACGCGGGCCACAGUGGAGCGCACUGUGCGGCAGUUGGAGCGCGUCUUGAAGCAGCCGGGCUGCAACAAGGUGCCCAUGGUCGUAGACAGUACUGAUGAUGCAGUCACAGCAGCACAGCAGUUCGCCCAGUCACCCAACAUCACACCCAUCUUCACCUUGUCCAGUGUGUCUGGAGAGAGUCUAGACUUGCUCAAGGUCUUCUUCAACACCAUCCCUCCUCUCAGCAACAGCAAGGAGCAGGAAGAGCUUAUGCAACAGCUAACUGAGUUUCAGGUGGAUGAGAUCUACACAGUGCCAGAGGUGGGGACUGUGGUGGGAGGUACUCUGUACAGUGGUAUUUGCCGUGAGGGGGAUCACCUUGUGGUAGGGCCGACAGAUUCAGGCCAGUUUCACAAGUUGACCAUCGGUAGCAUCCAAAGGAAUCGCUCGGCGUGCAGGGUACUCAGGGCCGGCCAGGCUGCCACACUUGCCCUGGGCAACUUCGACCGGUCAUUACUACGCAAGGGCAUGGUGAUGGUGAGUCCGGAGAUGGAUCCUACUAUCUGCUGGAUGUUUGAGGCUGAGAUUGUGCUGCUCUUCCAUGCCAAGACCUUCCACAAGGGCUUUCAGGUUACUGUGCACAUUGGCAAUGUGAGACAGACCGCCACUGUGGAAGCUGUGUACGGCAAGGAGGAGCUGAGGACAGGGGAGAAAGCAGUGGUUCUAUUCAAGUUUAUCAAGCACCCAGAGUACCUGAAGGUCGGAGCUAAGGUGCUCUUCAGAGAGGGCGUGACCAAAGGGAUCGGCCACGUCACCAAGCUGCAGCCCAUCGCCCAGUACGGGCCAUCCCAAAGCGAGGAUGACGAAGCCUGAAGUUUCUCGGAGAACCACAGCGGAGAACCACAGCAGAAAACUCCGUCCUACCAAAAACGAGGUGCUUUAUGAACAACCUCCUGCUUUCUCAAAGACCACUGACCCGUUCUCUGCGCAGUACUUCUCUUUCACAGGAUUUGUUUUAUCACCAUUUUCCAAAGCCUUGUUGUCACCAGCCUCCUCAUUUGUCCUCUUCAGCCUUUUAAAUACCUAUUAACUGAUAUUUUAGUCUGCUUUCUGGUGUUGAGGUGUAAAGAAUGAUGCUUUUCAUGGCACUGAUGAGAGGAAACCCCCUCACGCAUUCACUUAGGACUACCAAAGUAAUAUUGAUUGUCAAGAACACAUAUUUGCAAUGCACAGAUCAAUACGUGGCAACCAGGAAGUUGUUUUCUCACACCCACUUUGAAGUGCUACUUAUAGAUAGAUACAUAGAUAGAUAUACUUUAUUGGUCCAUUACAGUUUACGCCUAAAUGCACUCCUAACUCACUUCAGUAAGAUGCAGACACACACUUGCACUGAAACAUACUGUAAAUGCCAGCGUUGACCUUUGGCAGAUAAAUCGUUUACAAAGUCAACUGUAUGAGAUGCUUGGACAUUAAGGUGUAACCUAUAUCACCAGUGUCUUACUUGUCAUCCCCCCACAGCAGCUUGUCUGUGUUACCAGCAUAGUGCCUGACUGAUAACGACACGCCUCUGAUCUCACUGUAUUUGAAUAUUCUCAAAUCAGACCAUUUUCUUAGUAACCACUAAGGGAUUAUGUGAGAUAAUGGUGAAAGCUUCAGGAAGGGUUUUCUUUUUGGUUCUCAGACACAGCUUAUUAGUUGUAUAUAAGCUAAACCAUCUUCAAGCUAUAUUGCUGUCAAGGGCACUUUAUGAAGAUAAAAGGAGAGCAUUGCGAGGUAUGCAAAGUUGGAACUUGACCCAUUUUGUGUGUCAGCCUGCCAAUAUAACUCACACUGGCAAUCACCUAGUAACUGGUUUUGGUAUGUCACAUGUCUAUAAGAAUUAUUUUUUUCUAUUCACAAAUAAUGCCUCACGAUAGUGCAGUGAGAUGGCAAUGAUCUCGCUGCCUGUCUUUCAAGUGCUUUAGUUACUCAGGUCAGUGUAGAUAUCGUAUUAGACAGCAUUCCACUCUCACAGAACUGCUCCAUUGGAGGGGGGGAGGGGGUGUGAGGAAAAAAAAGAGGGGUUUGGGUUUCUUCCAAAGCGAUGUUUGAUUAUGGAUUCUGUAGUAUGUGAAGCUGCCUACUGAUGCAGCUUCGUUUAAAAGCAAUUAUGUUUGAGGUACUUCGUCUCUUCAUUUACGUUACUGAUGUCACUAUUUUUGAAGGGGUUUAACACAGUGCCUGGUGGAACUACUGUUAGAGUAGCCUUCCAUUACACCCCCCAGUUUUAUGACUUAGUAAACAAUCUUAUUAAGUUGGUGCUACUCCUUUCAACAACUUUUGAUAUUUAGAAGACUGAAAAUGAAUGGCUACUGUUGGCCUUAUUAUUUGUCUUAUCAUAGCAUGUUGAUGUGACUUAUAGAUUGUCCCACUGACACCGGUGAUAGAGAGGACAACUGAAAUGUGUGCCCUGUUUUGUUGCACCCACGUUGUUAUGCACAGUUUGUGUGCACUCAAAGAGAGGAAAACUAAAAGCAACCAAAAUAUUUUAUAGCCUUUAUGAAGUUAUAUCAGGUGUUUGUUUUAAUGCAUUUGAGUAUUUUAUAGAUUUGUAGUAGUUCCAGAUUUUACAGUUCAUUCAGACACGUUUUUCACUGUUUUUGCAGUCUUCUUAAUGACACCAACACAUCUUCACUUUUUUGAAAUCACAUUUAAGACCUUCCUUCUAAUUAAAAUUGUAAUAUUUUGAUCUUUAUUUGGGUGAAAUGCAAUAUUUAUGUACAGAUCUAAUUUGUGUAUCAUGAUAUACAUGAAUAAAACUUUUAUUGUCUCUUUA